UCGUUGGUAUUUUGUUUACUAGUUGUUUACUAUCUAGUUUAGUUGGACAGCAAAAUAUAGUUAAAAAAAAAGGUUACACACCACGUGGCAAUCGACUUCAUCCUUAAACUAACUUUUUAAACAGCUUCAUUAGACAUUUCUAUAUAUAAAUAAACAAUAGUUAAAUACUAUUUUCUUCGCACGUGAAUCGCCAUCAAUUGAUAAUUUAUCAAAUUGUUUCUAUUAAAUUUUUCGAAUUCAGUAUUUGACUGUAUAAUUUCGUCAAACUGUUAACCGAAAAUAAAAUAUGAACCCAAGCAAGAUGAAUAUGGAGAUUGAUUCAAGUCCUACCGACUGGCUUGAUAAAUUCAUUAUAUUUUCGAAAAAAGAACUUGAGUUAUCAAAAAAAUCCUUAGAUGAUAACGCAAUAAAAUCUAUGGAAGAUAAUAAUUAUUAUGAAGAUGAUGAUUAUAAUUAUGAUGAUGAUGAUGAAGAUAAUAUUUAUAAUAAUAAUGAUAAUAAUGAUGAUGAAGAUAUAAAAAACUCAGAAGCACAGUGUAAAUUGCGUAUGAUUCGCAUGGGUCCUCUACUUGCUAGUCAACCACGACUCGAACCAAUAUGCAAAGAUUGGAGAAACAGGUUUCUUCCUUCAUGCUUUACAACAUAUGUAUUCAAUCGAAAUAAAAAUGACUCAGUUAAUGAUAAAGCAAAUGAUCUAGAGUACCUAAUAAAUCUCUGUGGAGUUAAUUUAACUUAUCUAGAUGUAAAAGAAUAUCCUGUUUCUGAAAUAAUGCCAAUAAUCAAUGCUAAUUGUCCAAAUCUUGAGAUCCUUUAUUCAAGAUUCAAAGAAAUAAUGAGUCAAGAUUUUGAAAAUGUUUUUUCUAAUAUGUCUCAUCUUAGACAACUGUCGAUUGAAUGGCAAUGUGAAAAUUCAACUCUACCAAUGACUUUAGCCAAGUCAUUGGAACAAAUUGGUGGAACCUUGAAAAGUUUACAUCUUUCAUGUACCUUAAAACGAAAUGAUAUGUUUUCACUAGAUUCAUUGACUUCGGUAUUUCCUCGACUAAUUGCUUUGAAUUGUUUAGAUAUAUGUGGUUUUGGACUAAGUCAACUACUUCUUCAGUCGAUAGGUGAAAUAAAAACUUUGGUUGAUGUAAAAUUAAUGUCUCGUUUGCCAAAAAAUCAUCCAAUGUUUGAUACAAAAAUCAAUAUGUAUCCAAUUGGGAAUUUAAAAAAUCUCGAGAAGUUACGUGUUGAUUGUGAUUAUAGUAUGCUUAGAGAUGAAUUUUUGAUUAAUCUUUGUAAUAAUGCUAAAAAAUUAACACAUUUAUUUAUACCUGGCACAAAUAUAACUGAUAUUGGUAUGAGUGCAAUUUAUGAUUUAGAAGAAUUAAAAGAACUCGAUCUUGGUUUAAUUUAUAGUGGCCCGCGAUCGAAAAAAAAUGAAUCUAUCACUGAUAAAUCAACUCAAUGUUUAUUUAAACAAAACUUGACCUCCUUGGAUAAUUCGAAUUGCGCUAACAUUACUGAUGAAUCAGUAAUUAAACUUGUUGAAACUUUACCAAAUUUAACAUUUUUAUAUAUUAAUGGAAAAAAGAUAACUCGUGAAGCUGUCAAAAAAAUAUAUAAAUUAGUAAAAAACUCGUCAAAGAAGUAGAUGUUUAUUGUACUAUUGAAAAUUGUAAUUGAUUAUUUUCAAAGCAUCAAUGGAAUCAAAUAAUGUUUCCGUUUUCAUUGUAGAGCUGAAAAUUAAUUUAUUUUA